AUGUCGAACUAUAUCACGAAGGUCGCGAUUGUUGGGGCUACCGGAAAUAGUGCCCGCUUCAUAACAGACGCCCUACUUAAGACAAGAAAACAUACUAUUACCGCUCUGACAAGAGCUGGGAACCUGAACUCUCUUCCGGCUGGUGUCACACCCAAGGAAAUUGACUAUAGCAAGCCAGAGACAAUCGUGGAAGCACUGAAGGGCCAGGAUGCGUUGGUGAUCUCGCUCAGUGGACAUGCCCCGGAAGGGACCGAGCUGCAGCUCGUCAAGGCUGCGGGCGAGGCUGGUGUGAAAUGGGUGCUGCCGAACGACUGGUCUCCCGAUACAACGAAUGAAGCCAUGAACAAUGAUAUUAUGAUAUUCAAGCCUAAAGCUGCCCUUCGAAAAGCUAUUACUGAACUCGGACAAUGCAACUUCAUCAGUAUAUCGACUGGCUUCUGGUACGAAUGGAGUCUUGCCAUUCCAUCGGCCUUCGGUAUUGAUUUGAUCAAUCGCACGGCAACCUUCUUCGACGACGGCGAGACAAAGAUUACGACCUCCACCUGGCCCCAGGUUGGCCGUGCAGUUGCCGCUCUUCUCAGCUUGCCUAUCAAACCCGAGGGAUCAAACCAGGAAGCAUGUCUCGAGAACUUCAAGAAUCAGGUCGUAUACAUCAAAUCCUUCACUGUAAGCCAGAAGGACAUGCUAGAAUCUGCUCUACGUGUCACUGGAACCAAAGAAUCGGAUUGGACUAUUUCGAAGGAACCAGCAACUGAGCGAUGGUCGAAUGGUCUGAAGGAGAUGCAAGAGGGUAGUCGGAUUGGCUUUGCCAAGAUGCUCUAUACUCGAGUCUUUUAUCAAGAUGGUGCGGGGAAUAUCGACCAUAAGGGGACUUUGAAUUCGUUGCUGGACUUACCAACAGAAGAUAUUGACGAGGCGACCAAGAUUGCAAUUGAGCGUUCGAAGACUGAUCCUUGGGAGUAA